AUGUCGCGUUCCUCGGCAGGCUUUGCGGAUUUCUUCCCUACCGCUCCAUCAGUCCUCCAACAAAAACGUUUCAAAUUAACCCGAGAGCGGCCUCAACCCCAACCUCAGUCUGGUAACGAGAAGUGCGAAGAAGAGCUUGCUUGCAAUGCGGCUCCAAGGGGGAACAUUUGUUCCACAAAGGAGGAGAUAUCUUCUGAUGCAAUCCAAAAGCAUUGCGCAAAUAGCGGAAAGGCAUCUUCUGAAACUACAAAAGAAAGAACUGCAAGGCCUGCGAUCAACGGAGUCUCUUCUUGCAGUGCCUCUGCUCCUCGCGGAAGCGCAACAUCUUCACAUGAAGUACAUCUUGACACUCUCACUCCGCUCACUAAUGCAGAGUUGUCGUCACCCCACAAACCUAGCUCGCCUCAAAUUAAGAUACCAAAUGGGACUGCCGAAGAGGACACCACAUGUUUGAAGCUGGAAGAGCAAAAGUCCGAGAUAGCCUCUCUCCGAACUCCUCCAACUCCGCAAUCACUAACUCGUCGUAUCGGUGGCAUCAGAGGCUACAAGCUGAUAUAUGACCCUGACUUUGAGAAACGACCGUCAAAGGAGAAGCGCAAGAAACCUCGCUAUUUGGAUAUUGGUUUCGACGAACAAACUCAUUGUCCAUCUGACCCUCGACUGGGUAUAUCAAAUUACACGAGAGGUGCUGGUUGUAAACAGAAGACGAAGUUUCGGCCAGCGCCCUAUACAUUGAAGCAUUGGUCUUAUGAUGCCUCGACUAGCAUAGGACCUGGACCCCCGGUGCAGAUAGUGGUCACCGGUUUUGACCCGCUCACCCCCAUUGCACCGAUUAGUGCCUUAUUCUCGAGUUUCGGGGAGAUUUCUGAAAUUAACAACCGCACUGACCCUAUAACUGGUAGGUUUCUGGGGGUAUGUUCAAUCAAGUACAAAGAUAGUGAGUCGUUUAGAGGGGGCGGUCCUGUUCUCGGGGCGAAUGCAGCAAAGCGAGCCUAUUACGAAUGCAAGAAGGAACAGCGCAUUGGAACCCGCAGAAUCAGGGUCGAAUUAGACCGGGAUGGCAUGGUUUCGGAUAAAAUCGUUUCGAGGGCUGUUGAUUCCCAAAGAAUUGGAUAUAAGGGUAGCUUACCUAUCGCUGAAGACACAAAAGUUGAACCACAUGGGAAAAAUGAACCUCCUCCGAUGGCGCCGAAAGGCCCCUCUGGGAAAUUGUCUAUUCGGCCGAUGGCUACGAUUCCGGAAGGGCCAAGGGUAAGCUUUUUGAAACCUGUGGUUCCGUCAUUAGUCGAAGAUAUUCCAAUUCUGAAUCAGAUCAAACGUGACCCAUAUAUUUUCAUUGCGCAUUGCUACGUUCCCGUUCUCAGCACAACUGUGCCGCACCUGAAAAAGAGACUCAAAUUAUUUAACUGGAAAGAUAUUCGCUGCGACAGAACUGGAUAUUAUAUAAUAUUUGAAAACUCUCGGCGUGGUGAAGAAGAAACCGAGCGCUGUUACAAGAUGUGCCAUAUGAAGCCGCUAUUCACGUAUAUCAUGAACAUGGAAAGUCAGCCCUACGGAAACCCGGGCUACGAGCGCAGCCCAAGCCCCGAGAGGUUCCAAGCAGAGCAGCGCGAAAGAGCUGAGAAAGAGAGGCUAAGGAAAGAAGCUAGUUUGGACGAUGAAGAGGAAAAGAAGCAGCGAGCUCUUGAUCUGGAUCCAUGCAAGGAGGUGCUAGCCAUAAUAAUUCGAGAUUUGAAGGAUAAGCUUCUUGAAGACGUGAAGUCGCGCAUUGCUGCACCAGCAUUGUAUGACUAUCUUGACCCAGAUCGGCAUGCACCAACAAGGAAGAAGCUGGGAAUUGCGGACCCAGAAGGCACCAGAAUGCCCUUGUUUCGGAUCGACUUUGAUAAUCGGCUUGGAACACCUGAUUCUCGUUCUGGAUUAUCCCAAGCCGGUCGUCCAUUUAAUACGUCUAGUCUUAACGUACUUGCGCUUCCACGGAUUAGAAAAGCCCGCCGCCUUGAUCACACAGACGCUGCUUUCUUAGAUGAAAGGCGUAAACAGCCACUGCGAAGAAAAGAAGUUCGCCCCCUUUACCAUCGCCUACAACAGUUACAUGAUGAUGACGACUCAGACGAUGAGCAAAGGACCCCAUUUGCUAAAGACACUGAUGAGCAAGAUAGUCGGCCACCAAGUCGGAUGAGUUCGAGAGCUUCAGACACAGAUGAUGGCGAUGAAUUUGUCUCUACGUCUCUGCAAAGUUCACUUGCUAAUAAUCUGACUCAUAAAGUGAGAAGUUCAGAGUUGGAGGAUAAAGACGAUGUCUUACCGGAUGGGCCGUUUAGUGGCUCUACUCAACAUUGUAUUCCUGAGCUUUCGCCUGCAUCGCAUAAAAGGAAACGGCUUGGCGAAGAGCUUAAGGCACGAAAGAGACAGAAAGAAGAUGAAGAGCUUUUCGGCAUUAGCCCUACCAUAGAGAUAGAAGAUGAACGCAUCAGAGAGCGCUCAACUUCUCGGGAGGCCACUGACAAGGACGUUGUGGCUGGAGAUAUCAGCUCACUUCAAAGCCUGUCAGCUCAGGACGGCAAGAAUCAGCAAAAGAAAACAUUUCAACAACGCUCAGGACUCGAGAAUCUGCAAGGAAUUGAUACAGAUUCCCCCGUCAUUCGAGACGGUCAUCACGUCAUGUUGAAUUCCCUCGAGGAAGUCGACAAUACAGAGCUACGGGAUAUAUCAAAGACCCAAGUCAAAUGGAGAGUCUCUGAUGAUGAGCCUCGGCCAAUCGUUGAUGAUGAUGAUGCCAUUAUUAUGGAUCUUGAUGGUUGGCAGACCUUGAUUAAGGAUGAGGAAGACCUCCACUUCCUUCGUGAAAUUUUGGUUGAGCAGCAAAAGACCAUUGUUGGGAACCUGUCAGCGUGGGCAUGGAGACAAAAAGAGAUAAAGGCACUUAAUCGCCCUGGCAAUAUAGGGCCUGUACAUGAAGACAUAGUUAUUCAUGGUUACUAUGUUUCUAAUGCAACUGGCGCAGCUCGAACGGAAGGUCGAAAAAAGAUUUUGGAAUCCGAAAAGUCGAAAUAUUUACCACAUCGGAUCAAAGUUCAAAAGGCUCGUGAGGAACGCGAGGCAAAGGCCAAAAACGAUCCCCACACCGUCGCCGCUGAAGCUGCAAGAGUUGCAGCAGCAAAGACUAUUUCUAAGUCAACCUCCAGGUCUACGAGGGUGAACAAUCGCCGCCUAAUAGCUGAUAUCAACGCGCAAAAGCAGGCUCUUCCUACUCAAAAUGGUGAUGGUGAUGUUCUCCGGUUCAACCAAUUAAAGAAAAGAAAGAAGCCGGUGCGCUUCGCUAGGUCAGCCAUACAUAACUGGGGUCUAUACGCUGAGGAGAAUAUAACAGCGAAUGACAUGAUCAUUGAAUAUGUUGGGGAAAAAGUCCGGCAACAAGUGGCAGACAUGAGAGAAAGACAAUACCUUAAAAGUGGGAUCGGCAGCAGUUAUCUUUUUCGAAUUGAUGAAAAUACAGUUAUAGAUGCCACAAAAAGAGGGGGCAUCGCUAGGUUUAUUAACCAUAGCUGUACGCCUAACUGCACCGCCAAGAUCAUUAAAGUUGACGGUAGCAAACGAAUUGUUAUAUAUGCGUUGAGGGAUAUUGAAAGAGAUGAGGAGCUGACGUAUGACUACAAAUUUGAGAGGGAGUGGGAUAGUGAUGAUAGAAUUCCAUGCCUCUGUGGUUCAACUGGAUGUAAAGGAUUUCUUAAUUAA